CUGUUCCGCCGCGCCCGCCGGUGGCCCGCGCUCCCCGGCCCGGUAUGGCAGCGCCUGCGGGGCGGCGCGGCUCAGAGACUGAGCGGCUCCUGACACCCAGCCCCGGCUAUGGGACCCACGCAGGGGCUUCACCGGCCUCCCUGGAGGAGGAGGACCUCCGCCGCCGUCUCAAGUACUUCUUCAUGAGCCCCUGUGACAAGUUUCGGGCCAAGGGCCGCAAGCCCUUCAAGCUGAUGCUGCAGGUGGUGAAAAUCCUGGUGGUGACAGUGCAGCUUAUCCUGUUUGGGCUCAGCAACCAGCUGGCGGUGACAUUCCGGGAGGAGAACACCAUCGCCUUCCGACACCUCUUCCUUCGGGGCUACUCGGAUGGGGCGGACGACACCCUGGCCGCCUACACUCGGAAGCAGCUGUACCAAUCCAUUUUCCAUGCUGUGGAUCAGUACCUGAUGCUCCCUGAUGUGUCGCUGGGCCGGUACGCGUACGUGUACGGCGGCGGGGGCGGCCCUAGGGCCAACGGCUCGGCCCUGGCCCUCUGCCAGCACUACUACCGUCAUGGCCACGUGGACCCUGCCAAUGACACCUUCAACAUUGACCCAGUGGUCGUCACCGACUGCAUCCAGGUGGACCCCCCGGUGACCCCCGCUGAUGAGCCCACCCUCUCAGAUGACCACUUAAGCUUCAGGAACCUCACACUCAAGUUCCACAAGUACUGCCCGGAGGAGGGGGGGUCAGGGGAGGAUGCCAGGGGCGGGCGUCAGAAGGAUGUCAAUCCUCCAGCGGGGCCCAGACCCCACCCACCUGCUGCCACCCCCGCAGGAGACAACAGCUUCCGGCUGCUGUUCGACGUGGUGGUCUUGCUCACCUGCUCCCUGUCCUUCCUGCUCUGCGCCCGCUCACUGCUCCGAGGCUUCCUGCUGCAGAAUGAGUUUGUGGGGUUCAUGUGGCGGCGGCGGGGACGCACCAUCAACCUUUGGGAGCGGCUGGAGUUCAUCAACGGCUGGUACAUCCUGCUGGUCACCAGCGACGUGCUCACCAUCUCGGGUACCGUCAUGAAGAUCGGCAUCGAAGCCAAGAACCUGGCCAGCUAUGAUGUGUGCAGCAUCCUCCUGGGCACCUCCACGCUGCUCGUCUGGGUUGGCGUCAUCCGCUACUUGACUUUCUUCCACAAGUACAAUAUCCUGAUCGCCACGCUACGUGUGGCCCUGCCCAGUGUCAUGCGCUUCUGCUGCUGUGUGGCCGUCAUCUACCUGGGCUACUGCUUCUGCGGCUGGAUUGUGCUGGGGCCCUACCAUGUGAAGUUCCGCUCGCUGUCCAUGGUGUCCGAGUGCCUGUUCUCGCUCAUCAACGGGGACGACAUGUUUGUGACGUUCGCCGCCAUGCAGGCCCAGCAGGGCCGCAGCAGCCUCGUGUGGCUCUUCUCCCAGCUCUACCUCUACUCCUUCAUCAGCCUCUUCAUCUACAUGGUGCUCAGCCUCUUCAUCGCGCUCAUCACGGGCGCCUACGAGACCAUCAAGCACCCUGGUGCCAACGGUGAGCAGAGUGAGCUCCAGGCCUACAUCGCCCAGUGCCAGGACAGCCCCACGUCUGGCAAGUUCCGUCGAGGGAGCGGCUCAGCCUGCAGCCUCCUCUGCUGCUGUGGCAGGACCGCCUCGGAGGAGCAGUCACUACUGGUGAAUUGAUGGCAAAGACCACCGGCACAGCCACUGGCCCCUUGGCCCCAGACCCAGGGGUCUCCCGCUUAUUUAUUUUUAGGGUUUGCUUUUAAGGACCGGCUCCCUGCUGUGCCUGGGCCAGCUGGGUCAAGGGUUAAAUAAACACGGAAGAAGUGUG